AGUUGUUUGGCUUUUCUUAUUUUUCUGCCUUAUAUUUCCUCUGUGGUGUGAAGUAUUGCAUAAUUUGAUGUCACCUUUUUGUCAUUCGCGGUGCGGAAUGCGCUGGGCAAGGCGUGUGCGUGUUGUAACAGGGGCUGGUGAAUGCUGAGCUCUGCGGUCACCUCCCAAGCGUGGUGAGACAAGGAUUACCGGGCGGCUCGGGAGCAACAGCUGAUCCAAGCAAGGGAACAAAAUGGAUUACUGCAUGGCAAGCCAGUGAAAAAUCCGUGUCAGGCAGGAAAGGCUGGUGUGUAAGAGGACACCGAUUUUCUGUGUAUUGGAGUAGAAAAGGUCUCAGAGUUCAGCUAUACAAAGUUUAGUGAAGGUUGUGUCUUAAGGCCUUAAUAUGCUCGCUGCGUUUCAUUUGAGAUAAUGAAUUGUGUGAUUUCUUAGGGUGAAACGGGUGUCAGCAAGCUUUGUUGACUGCUGUGGGAAUUAGUUGUGAUAAAAAUUGGGCCUACAGUCUUCUUCCUUUUUUUUUUUUUUUUUUUUUUUGGUAAAUUCAUUUGAUCUAGAAUAACUGAAGAUGAUUGAGGGCACUUGAGAAAUGGAACCACUAGGGACUGACUGUGGGCUGUGGACUCUGUGUAGCCAGAAGUCUGGAGUGGCCUCUGGGAAGGCACAAGAGUCAAAUGCUGCCAUCAUGACGGCUGAAGAAACAGUGAAUGUUAAAGAAGCUGAAAUAAUUAAGCUAAUACUAGAUUUUCUGAACUCAAGGAAGCUUCACAUCAGCAUGCUGGCACUUGAGAAAGAAAGUGGGGUCAUUAAUGGCUUGUUUUCAGAUGACAUGCUCUUCCUAAGGCAAUUGAUUCUUGAUGGCCAGUGGGAUGAGGUUCUUCAGUUUAUUCAGCCUCUUGAAUGUAUGGAAAAAUUCGACAAGAAAAGGUUUCGUUACAUUAUUAUGAAGCAGAAGUUCUUGGAAGCCUUAUGUGUGAACAAUGCAAUGUCAGCAGAAGAUGAGCCUCAGCAUCUGGAAUUUACCAUGCGAGAGGCCGUGCAGUGCCUGCACGCACUGGAGGAAUACUGCCCCUCUAAGGAAGACUACAGUAAGCUGUGCUUGCUGCUGACACUGCCUCGCCUCACCAACCACGCCGAGUUCAAGGACUGGAACCCCAGCACUGCUCGGGUGCACUGCUUUGAAGAAGCCUGUGUCAUGGUGGCAGAGUUCAUUCCAGCAGACAGGAAACUGAGCGAGGCCGGCUUCAAAGCAAGUAACAACCGCUUGUUUCAGCUCGUAAUGAAGGGAUUGCUUUACGAAUGUUGUGUGGAGUUCUGUCAGAGUAAAGCUACGGGAGAAGAAAUCACGGAAAGUGAAGUGUUGCUGGGCAUUGAUCUCUUGUGUGGUAAUGGCUGCGAUGACUUGGACCUUAGCCUGUUGUCGUGGCUGCAGAAUCUGCCAGCUACUGUAUUUUCUUGUGCUUUUGAACAAAAGAUGCUUAAUAUUCACGUUGAUAAACUCCUCAAGCCUACAAAAGCUGCCUAUGCUGAUCUUCUGACACCUCUUAUCAGCAAACUUUCUCCUUAUCCAUCCUCCCCCAUGCGCCGGCCCCAGUCAGCAGAUGCGUACAUGACCCGCUCCCUAAACCCUGCCUUGGACGGGCUCUCGUGUGGAUUGACAAACCACGACAAGCGGGUCACAGACCUCGGGACCAAAACUUCUCCCAUGUCGCACUCCUUCGCUAAUUUCCAUUACCCUGGAGUCCAGAAUCUCAGCAGGAGUCUCAUGCUUGAGAACACCGAAUGUCACAGCAUUUUUGAAGAGUCACCAGAGCGUGAUACUCCCGUGGAGCCCCAGCACCCCAUCGGCAGCGAGACCUCGUGCCAGAGCUCAGCUCCAGAAAAUGAACUCAAUGCAGCACAGAGUCAGGGAUCAGCCAAACAAGAGAAAAAUGAGCUUCGUGAUUCCACAGAGCAGUUUCAGGAAUACUACAGACAAAGAUUACGUUACCAGCAGCACUUAGAGCAGAAGGAGCAGCAGAGACAAUUGUAUCAGCAGAUGUUGUUAGAAGGAGGAGUUCAUCAAGAAGAUGGAGCUGACCAGCAACAGAACCUUACUGAACAGUUUCUUAACAGAUCUAUCCAGAAACUAGGAGAAUUAAAUAUGGGUAUGGACAGUCUUGGAAAUGAUGUACAAACACUUAGCCAGCAAUGUAAUGGGAGCAAAGGGAUUGCAUCUACCCAUCCAGCAAGUAAUUUCACAUCAGCACCUUCAGAUGGUAGCCAGAGGAUAGCAACUGACAGCCCAAACCUUAAUACAAGCACUCCUCGCAAGUGUGGAUCAGCUAAUCAGAUCCCCUUCCCUGAAGAGUCACCUGUACAGGGGAAUCAAAGUGCAUCAGAGCAUGCUGUCACUCAGGCACAGUCAGAAGACUCUUCUGGGAAUUUAUCUAGGACAAGAGCUGAUGAGGAUGACAAAUCAAAAAAGCAGUUUAUUUGCAUUAAUACUCUAGAAGACACACAAGCUGUCAGAGCUGUAGCCUUUCAUCCUAGUGGGAGUUUAUAUGCUGUUGGUUCCAACUCUAAAACUUUGAGAGUUUGUGCCUAUCCAGAAGUAAUUGACCCAAGUGCUUAUAGUACUCCUAAACAACCUGUAGUUCGCUUCAAGAGGAAUAAGCAUCAUAAAGGAUCAAUCUACUGUGUAGCCUGGAGUCCCUGUGGACAGCUGUUAGCUACUGGUUCUAAUGAUAAAUAUGUGAAAGUGCUGCCUUUUAAUGCAGAAACUUGUAAUGCAACAGGACCAGAUUUGGAAUUCAGCAUGCACGAUGGGACAAUCAGAGACCUUGCCUUUAUGGAAGGCCCAGAAAGUGGUGGUGCUAUUUUAAUAAGUGCUGGAGCAGGGGACUGUAAUAUUUACACAACAGAUUGUCAGCGUGGACAAGGCCUGCAUGCCCUAAGUGGUCACACUGGACAUAUUUUAGCACUUUAUACAUGGAGUGGCUGGAUGAUUGCAUCUGGAUCUCAAGACAAAACUGUAAGAUUUUGGGAUUUGAGAGUGCCAAGCUGUGUUCGUGUUGUGGGAACAACGUUUCAUGGAACAGGGAGUGCUGUAGCCUCAGUGGCAGUGGAUCCCAGUGGCAGGCUGCUGGCCACAGGCCAGGAGGACUCGAGCUGCAUGCUGUACGACAUCCGCGGGGGCCGCAUGGUGCAGAGCUACCACCCCCACAGCAGCGACGUGCGCUCUGUGCGCUUCUCGCCGGGCGCGCACUACCUGCUCACCGGCUCCUAUGACAUGAAGAUCAAGGUGACAGACCUGCAAGGGGACCUGACGAAGCAGCUUCCUCUGAUGGUGGUAGGGGAGCACAAGGACAAAGUUAUUCAGUGCAGGUGGCACACACAAGAUCUUUCCUUCUUGUCAUCUUCUGCAGACAGAACUGUAACCCUUUGGACCUACAAUGGUUAGAGUGCAAACAAAGGCAACUAUGCAGCUAAAGCACAGAGACCCGAGACUACAGAACUGUCCAAACAAGUAAUAAUAAUGAGGCUUUGAGAGAGCAGCAGUUGAGCAGGAGAGUGUCUUAUCAAGAGGAAGGGCACCUGUCACUGAUUUUUCUGGUUUCUAGGAGGUCUUGGUGUUUUUAGUAUAUUCUUUUGCAGUGCUUCCAGUCUUCCAUGUUGAACUCAUGCUGCUGUGACUUAUUGUAGUCUUGUUGCCAAAGUCUAUGAGGAGAACUCUUCUGUUGUUGAUGUGCACUCAGAGUAACAUGAAUGAUGUGUUUACAGUUUGGUAUUAAUUGCAUUCCUUGUUCUUUGCCUCAAUGAGAAUUUUGUAUAGAAGCUUAAGUUGAGGAACACUUCAAUCAAGUCUGUAUGUAACUAGUUACACACACACAUAAAAGAAAAACUACUUCCACUGUUUUUUCAGGUUUAUUGUAUUCAUCACUUUUGAACAAGAGCUCAAGCUUUAUAACAUCUCCACAGUUUCAACAUUUUUAGUAUAAAAAAUCUGAACUUUAAAGGUUGACUAGGUAGUAACCACUUCUUGAUUAUGGUCCAUUAUAUAAUGGGGGUUUUUCUUUCUUUUCAUCUAACCUGGGAAAAAUGUUGAUGUUUUUACUACAUGACAUUGUUUUAAACCAGCUAACAUGUUGGAGGGGGAAAAGUAAAAUAUUGACUUUUUCAGUAGAAACAUGUAAUAUUUUACUUUUUGAAUGCAACAGAAUACCUCUGUGUAUAAUGUACUGUAGAAAAGAGUGGAUUGGCAGCAGUUGUCACAGUGGGCUUAAUGGCUAUCAAUUUUUCUAGUAAAAGGGAUACCAUUAAUGCUGUAAUAGAAACCAGCAUGGCUUAAAAUGCUAUGUCUGCAUGAUAACUUAAGAAUUGUUUAAAUUCCCAGUUCAGAAGCUUAUCUGAAUUUUAUUUCUUGCACUGUUUAUGUAUGGGAAAUUGCAGUUUUAUUUCUACAAAUCUUUAGAUUCUAAUGUUUAUGUAUUGUUAUAUUUUCAUAUUGUACAGUUCUUUUACUUUUUAAAAUAUAAACCUUAAACUUUAGGUUAUUUAUUUAUUUGAACUGCAGUUAAGUUUUGGAUUAUCUUGGUUACUAAAUUAUAUGUGCACUGUAGCAAGCAUUUUUAACUAUCGUAUAAAAGUGGAAAGGUAACUAUAGAAGUGUAUCUGUGCUAUAAUCUCAAUAAAGACCUCCAACACCUGCA